CCGGACCCGCAGCUCAUCCUCCGACUUCCGCAGACAGCGCCAUGUGCAGGACUCGGUAGAACCGGCGCCUUUUCCCCCCCUCUCACUGCUUCACCCGCGGGGAGAGUUCACCGUCAACCGCAGCUUUCGACUCGGCUUUCCUAAAGGAUAAAAACGAUGAGGCGUGGCUACGACAGAGACCGCGAUGAUCGGUCGAAAGAGAGGACCCGUGACCGGGAGCGAGACCGUGACCGGGACAGGGACGUGAAGUCAUCUGGGGUGCACAACAUCCCCACUGCACCCAGUGGAGGCUUUCUUAAGCCAAACCCCGUACAGCAGCAAAUCAACCCAUUCACCAACCUGCCCCACACACCGCGCUACUAUGAGAUCCUCAAGAAGCGGCUGCAGCUGCCUGUCUGGGACUACAGAGAGACCUUCAGUAACAUCAUGCUGCGGAACCAGUCCUUUGUGCUGGUGGGAGAGACGGGCUCUGGAAAGACCACACAGAUCCCACAGUGGUGUGUGGACAUGGUGCGCUCCACGGGGGGGCCAAAGAGAGCGGUGGCCUGCACCCAGCCCCGGCGGGUUGCGGCCAUGAGCGUCGCUCAGAGGGUGGCUGAUGAGAUGGAUGUCAUGCUGGGCCAAGAGGUCGGCUAUUCCAUCAGGUUUGAGGACUGCAGCUCUGCCAAGACUGUACUCAAGUAUAUGACAGAUGGAAUGUUGCUGCGGGAAGCCAUGAACGAUCCCCUGCUGGAGCGCUACGGUGUCAUCAUCCUGGAUGAGGCCCACGAACGCACAUUAGCUACAGACAUCCUCAUGGGGGUCCUCAAGGAGGUGGUCCGCCAGAGGCCUGACCUCAAGGUCAUCGUCAUGAGCGCCACACUCGACGCCGGCAAGUUCCAGGUGUACUUUGACAGCUGCCCACUGCUGACCAUCCCUGGACGCACCCACCCCGUGGAAAUUUUCUACACACCGGAACCAGAGCGCGACUACCUGGAGGCGGCCAUCCGGACUGUGAUCCAGAUCCACAUGUGUGAGGUGGAUGAAGGGGACCUUCUGCUUUUCCUCACUGGACAAGAGGAAAUUGAUGAAGCCUGCAAGCGAAUCAAGAGAGAAGUCGAGGACUUGGGGCCGGAAGUUGGCGAUAUCAAAAUCAUCCCGUUGUACUCCACUCUGCCUCCACAGCAGCAACAGAGGAUCUUCGAGCCACCCCCACCCAAUAAACCAAGCGGUGCAAUCGGGAGGAAGGUCGUCGUGUCAACAAACAUCGCAGAGACGUCCCUUACCAUUGACGGCGUGGUGUUUGUAAUUGAUCCCGGAUUUGCCAAGCAAAAGGUGUACAACCCAAGAAUCCGAGUGGAGUCGCUUUUGGUGACGGCCAUCAGCAAGGCCUCCGCCCAGCAGAGGGCAGGGCGUGCUGGAAGGACGUGCCCGGGAAAGUGUUUCCGCCUUUACACUGAGAAAGCCUACAAGACAGAAAUGCAGGACAACACGUAUCCAGAGAUCCUGAGGUCGAACCUGGGCUCUGUGGUGCUGCAGCUGAAGAAGCUGGGUAUUGAUGACCUGGUGCACUUCGACUUCAUGGACCCACCAGCCCCAGAGACCCUGAUGCGAGCCCUGGAGUUGCUGAACUACCUGGCGGCGCUCAACAACGAUGGCGACCUGACGGAGUUGGGCUCCAUGAUGGCAGAGUUCCCCCUGGACCCCCAGCUUGCCAAAAUGGUCAUCGCCAGCUGUGAAUUCAACUGUUCGAACGAGAUCCUCUCCAUCACUGCCAUGUUGUCAGUCCCACAGUGCUUCGUCCGACCCACGGAGGCUAGGAAGGUGGCCGACGAGUCCAAGAUGCGCUUCGCCCACAUCGACGGAGACCACAUGACGCUGCUCAACGUCUACCACGCCUUCAAACAGAACCACGACGCCACUCAGUGGUGCUACGACAACUUUGUCAACUACCGCUCCCUGAUGUCGGCAGACAACGUGCGGCAGCAGUUGUCCAGGAUCAUGGACCGCUUCAAUCUGCCGCGACGGAGCACCGAGUUCAACAGCAGAGACUACUACACCAACAUCCGCCGAGCGCUGGUCACUGGCUUCUUCAUGCAGAUCGCUCACCUGGAGCGCACUGGCCAUUACCUCACGGUGAAGGACAACCAAGUCGUUCAGCUGCACCCCUCCACCGUGCUGGACCACAAGCCCGAGUGGGUGCUCUACAAUGAGUUUGUGCUCACCACCAAGAACUACAUCCGCACGUGCACGGACGUCAAACCAGAGUGGCUGGUGAAAGUCGCCCCGCAGUACUACGAGAUGAGCAACUUCCCCCAGUGUGAAGCAAAGAGACAGUUGGAGCGAAUCGUCGCAAAACUCUCCACCAAGGAAUACUCUCAGUACUAAGAGGGUUUGCAUGUGCAUCCUCAGUAUCUGAACAAAGUCCAAUCGGAACUCUUUGAGCGUCAUGUCUUUUUUUUUUUCUCUCUCUCUUAUCUCCACCAACAAUCUCAUCCUGAAGUCUAUUUUUGUCUCACUGUGUUUAAUGUAUUUUCAUACCGAUCGAUGAAUUGUGUCCAGUUGCUUUCUCCGGCCGACGUGUCUUUGGAGCGAAGAGCGUAAAGCCCUGUUAAGAAUGGACUGUGGGACCGGUUUUCAGGAAUUCUGUCUGGAUCAUCAUUAUAAGUCAAUUUCAACAUUCCUCUUAAAGGCAUCAAUGCUAAAAAAAAAAUGUCACCUCGGAAUUCUUGCUCGGUCUUUUGCAUCUACAGCUAAAAAACAGCAUUUCGUCCAUUUAGACAAGCUUUUGAUCAAAUGUAAUUUAUACUGUAUUUUGAUGCAGGCAUAAUGUAAUGUCCUCUUGUCACGGAGGAAGAGGCACAUUUCCAGUCAACUUAAUAAAAACGACUUUGUAAUAAAA